GAGGGCCGCGGCGGCCGAGGAUCCCCCUCUGGACGCCGCCCGGGAGCCGCGGCCGGGAGUCUGGCGCUCAUUGGCGGCGCGGCGCGGCCUCCCCGCCCCCCGGCGUCCCCGCCCCCUCCGCCGCGGCCGGGCUCCGCCUUCUGGCCCGCCGGGAGCCGCCUCCGUCGCCGCCACAGCCUCCUUCGCCGCCGGCCCGGGCCCAGCCAGCGCCCGCCGUGCCGGAGUCGAGUCGCAGCCCGAGCUGCUGCCCGCGGCCCCGCCAUGAGCGGAAGCGCCGCCGCCGCAGUCGCGGUCGCCGCCACCUCAGCUGCUGCUGCCGCCGCCGCGCACUUCCAGCCUCGGCCGUCGUCUCCCAGGCCGGGCCCCGCCGAGCUCGGGCCCCCGCGCCGCCCGCGCCCCCCGCCACCACCGCCCCGGCCCGAGCCUGCCGCCGCCGGCCGCCUUAGCCCUCCGGGCCACGGGCCUCUUCGGAUCGGGACGCAGGGUGGCGGCGCCUGCGGCAGAGCGUCCGGAGCAGGUAGUGUUGGUGCUUCUUUUCAGUGCCGGUCCGUCCAUCACGACCACAUUUGUCAUGAUGACAGUGACAAGAUAUCUCCCGGGGCCAAUUCAGCACCUCUGCCUGGCCAUCCUAACAAGGGGAUUUGUGAAAGGGUGAGACUUCAGAGCCUGGUCCCUCUUCUCCCAAGUGAUCAGAACACUACCGUUCAAGAGGAUGCUCACUUCAAAGCUUUCUUCCAGAGUGAAGAUAGUCCAAGUCCUAAGAGACAGCGCCUCUCUCAUUCAGUCUUCGAUUAUACAUCCUCAUCACCAGCUCCCUCACCACCAAUGCGACCAUGGGAGAUGACAUCAAAUAGGCAGCCCCCUUCAGUCCGACCAAACCAGCACCACUUCUCAGGGGAACGAUGCAACACACCUGCACGCAACAGAAGAAGUCCUCCCGUCAGGCGUCAGCGAGGAAGAAGGGAUCGUCUGUCUCGACAUAAUUCCAUUAGUCAAGAUGAAAACUAUCACCAUCUCCCUUAUGCACAGCAGCAAGCAAUAGAGGAACCUCGAGCCUUCCACCCUCCGAAUGUAUCUCCCCGUCUGUUACAUCCAGCUGCUCAUCCUCCCCAGCAGAAUGCAGUCAUGGUCGACAUACAUGAUCAGCUCCAUCAAGGAACAGUUCCUGUCUCCUACACGGUAACCACGGUGGCGCCCCAUGGGAUUCCACUCUGCACAGGUCAGCACAUCCCUGCUUGCAGUGCACAACAGGUCCCAGGAUGCUCUGUGGUCUUCAGUGGACAACACCUCCCUGUCUGUAGUGUGCCUCCUCCAAUGCUUCAGGCCUGUUCGGUUCAGCACUUACCAGUACCAUAUGCUGCGUUCCCACCCCUUAUUUCUAGUGAUCCAUUUCUUAUACACCCUCCUCACCUUUCUCCCCACCAUCCUCCUCACUUGGCACCGCCAGGCCAGUUUGUCCCUUUCCAGACACAGCAGUCACGAUCGCCUCUACAGAGGAUAGAAAAUGAAGUGGAACUCUUAGGAGAACAUCUUCAAGUGGGCAGUUUUACUUAUCCCCCCUCGGCCCAUCCCCCAGCAUUACCUCCGUCAGCUCCUUUGCAGUUCCUGACACAUGAUCCUCUGCAUCAGGAGGUGUCCUUCGGCGUACCUUAUCCUCCAUUCAUGCCUCGGAGACUCACAGGGCGCAGUAGAUACCGAUCCCAGCAGCCAGUACCACCUCCCCCUUACCAUCCAAGCUUACUGCCUUAUGUGUUAUCAAUGCUUCCAGUACCACCUGCUGUGGGCCCAACUUUCAGCUUUGAAUUGGAUGUAGAAGAUGGAGAAGUAGAAAAUUACGAGGCCCUGCUGAACCUGGCAGAACGACUGGGAGAGGCGAAGCCUCGGGGACUGACUAAAGCAGAUAUCGAACAGCUUCCCUCCUACAGGUUCAACCCUAACAACCACCAGUCGGAGCAGACUUUGUGUGUAGUAUGCAUGUGUGAUUUUGAGUCGAGGCAGCUUCUUAGAGUCUUACCCUGUAACCACGAGUUCCAUGCCAAGUGUGUCGAUAAAUGGCUUAAGGGAAAUCGUACUUGCCCAAUUUGCCGAGCUGAUGCUUCAGAAGUACAUCGGGAUUCAGAGUGACCAGCCUACGAGCACAGAUUUAGUUUGGGUGUUCCUCAUCACGUGUAUAUAUGGACUAUCCAUUGAACUUAACCUGUGUGGCUUCCAGCCCUCCCUUUACCAAAAGGGUCAAUGGACCUUUCUUUGCACUGUGUGACUUAAUCAACUAUAAAAGCUUACAAUUAGUCUUCACAAUUAUGGGAUUGUUAUACUAACUGUGUGAUUGGAACUCCAAAGAUCUUUUCUUUAGCUUAAUUUCGUGUGUGCACUAACAUUCCCUGGUUUUUGUGUGAUCAUUCCGAGUGUUGCUGCAAGAUUACAGUGGACGUGAUCUUUUAGCAUGUGCUUUUAUAAAAAGUGGUAGCUCCAGAUGAUAUAGCAAUCUACCUUAUAUAGAGCCUUCAGAAACUGUGAGUGGAAAUGAGUGCAGCGUGUGGACUGUGUGAGAGAGUGUGUGCAACUACACGUGUGGGGGCAUGGUAGCUACUGCGUGUGUGAGAUCCUAUAUACCAGCAUGUACCAAGAAUGUGUGUGUAGUUUUAAUUAUGCUGCAAUGUAUAAUCUGGUGUGUUAUUUAAACAGCACUAGUACUGUACACUGGUUUUCCCCUUGUGUUUGCUGUUGCACACUGAUUGCUAAGGGUGCAUCAAUUCUAAGCAUUGAAUACUCCGUCCCCUUCCCUCCCAAGGAAUGGAAUGAGAAAAGCCUUCUUCGUUUGCUUCAGGCAGCUGUCCCCUUCUCUUCCUCUGUGAUCCUAAGUGGGUCACUUAAGAAAAAAUGUCAGAUUCUCACUCCAUGACCUGAUUUUUUUUUCUUCAAUUCUGUUGUAAAAGAAACUUUUAAGUCUCCAACUUGCUAUUUCCAAAAAGAAGGUGCAAUAUCACGAUCCUCAUUAGCAAUAUCGGCAUUUCAGUCGGAGAUCUGAGUGUUACUGCUUCUUGUUUCUCCUUUACAUUUCCAGUAGCGUUUUACGGAAAGGACCUGUGAUUUUAUUCAUGUGUAGAUUUGUAGUCUGUUUCGAAGAUGUUUGAGUAAUAUAUUUUUAAGAACACCACUGGUCCCAUAAGUAUCGCCUUCUUGACUUCCCGUAGAACAAAAUCUGUUAUCUAACUCAGCCUGGUUUCUGGUGUGUGUUCUUCGCUCAGGCCUCCAUGGGUAACUAAAUUGUUUUAAGAGAGCUAUUUCUGUUAGUGUUAAUUGAAUUCCCACACUCUGGUCCUGAAGUUCUCUAGUUCUUUCCUCAGUAAACAUUCUCGUCGAAACCUUUGUUUCAGGAUGAUCGAGUGCUGUGACAGCUCCCUUCUUAGGUCUGGUUUGCUUUGAUGUCUUACUCUUUCUCUUUUAUGUCAGAAUGAGAAAAAGCUUAAUACAACAGGUGCCCAGAAUACUUGCAGAGUAAAUGAAGAUUGGAUUUUGUAUAAAAAAUAAUAAUGCUGUCAAACAGGAAUUGACCUUUAUUUAAUCGGAAAUGAUACAUAGCCGUGUAAAACAAGACAGUUUGAUUGACCAUAAAUCAGAUGGUUGGAAGUCACUUUUCAGCAAUUGGAUUCCUUCCUCCUUCUCUCAGUGUGCUCAGCCUUGUCUGCCUCUUUGUGAGUUCUCGGCUUCUGUCUGCAGCCACGCAUGCUGCAGCCUUCCGGUCACAACUGUGACACUUUGCUGCCAACCUCACUCAACUCGCAAUUGGCACUGGGCCUUUUUUUUUACUCUGACAGGGAGAGUGUUCAACUACUUGCUACUGCCGUGUUCCUUACCCUCCCUUGAAGUCUCUAAGCUCACCACAGCCUAGAGUUCAGGAAAGUCAAUCCACACAGAAGCACAAUUUUGUCUUCUUCAGACACUGUUGCCUCUCUAGUCAGACAAUAGGAUUUGACUAUUUUCUGUUUGCCCUAGACUAAGUGUGUCAGAAAUACACUGAAACAGUGGUGAAUGCACGUGUUACUUUUAAAUCGUUAGGAUACCCCUCCCGUUCCUAAUGAUGAAAAGGUGUGUUAAAGUCAAAAUUAAUGGCUUAUAAUAGUCAUCUCCAAAUCACAUGCAGUUUAAUCUUUAUUUUUUAAUUUAAAGAAAUCAUGUUUAAAAUGACAAAAGUCCAUAUUAUAUAUACACUUUUAUAUAGCUGCAAAAACUUUAUACCUGUCCAGCUCUCACAUGACUGCUCCACUCGGUGUUUGUGUUAUUGAUGCACAUAAGUGAAGCACUUUCCUCGUUUAUACAGAGAUACUGACUACCAAGGCACACUGUGCUAAGACCGGAAAGCAGCCUUUCUUUAUUCUGUCGAUAUUUGCCAUGACGUUCCCUUUCCAGUAGAUUUUUUUUUUAAUAGAAGUAGUUGGCAAUUUAGGAGGCAGCAGGUCUGUCCUGGUAAAAUUGUGUUUUGCAGUUAUGACUGCUGUCUCCAUGGGGUGUCUUCUCUUAGCACAGAACUGUUAGAGAAGGAUCAGACUUUUGUUCAUGGUGUGGUUGGUGUAUUUUAGGAGCAGACCUGGCGUGAUCUCUGAGUGACCAUGGUGGGCAUCUUUGUGGCCAGAAAAUGAGAAAAGUGCGGUUGGCUUCUGCCUGACCGUCAUCUCUGGGAGAUGCACUGGGUGGCAGAUGGAUGUUGGUAGCCUUCAUCCUCUUCUUCCUAGAACAAUGUUGGCUUUACCAUCUUAACUCAGCUGUGGAGUUUUGUUGUUGGUUGGUUGGUUGGUUGGUUGGUAGGUUUUAGACUUGGGGUUUGGGCUUUUUGAUUUGUAUGGGGUUUUGUUUUUUUUUUUUUUGCAUGAAUCACCAUAUUUUGUAUUUUCAACUCCAACCUCAACAAAACAACUCAAGGCCUCUAAGUAUCAAGAUACCAUACUAAUAUUUUCCUGUCCUGAAUUUUUUUUUAGCAGAAUCUGAAAUUGUGAGAGCAUAUUAGAUUUUCUACACUCCCUGAACUUUAAUUUGCUAGAAUUCUUAAUUUGGGCCUCUUGUGGUAAUUUCCAGUGUGAUCUGCCUGCCAGCUUCCGAGAACACUUUCACAGUAUCUCUGGGCCUUGUCGAGUCUGCUCCCCAUAGUGCAUCUGGUUACCUCAUGUUGCUGUUUGUUUAAUAUUAUGAAAACUCACGGGGUGUUUGUUGGAAUCAUUUGCUGAGUCAUUUCCUCAAAUCAUAUUCCAUUGUAUCAGUUAACAUAUAGUUUUAAAUGUAUGUAUUAUAAAUAUCUGUAACCAAAUCAUUUGAAGGCUUGAUAAAUUUUUAACAAAGUUUGUACAUUUUUUAUGAAAGUUACUAGUAAUGCUUUACUAAGUAGUGCAAUGAAUUUUUAUUUUUAAUCCCUGUGCCCAAUUUUGGAGUUGAGAGGGUUGUUGGUAAUAAAUGUAUGAUGUACACUUAAAA